GUCCCAUCCUGAUUGGCCCAACAUUAUCUCCCAGGCCCCUCUCUUGUCAAUCAUCUUUGACUUGCGGGUUCCUCGCCAGAACUAAUAUCAUAAAUAACGCGGGAAGGACGGUAAACAAGCAAGACGCGACCGUCUGAUUGUUUGUUUUCAUACUUCUGAUCCGCCGGGUUGCCUCAGAUAUCUGGCACUAAAUACCUCGAUCAAAGCAAGAUGUCGUCAGACAUUUGCGUUGAAUGAUGGGCGACUCGGUUGGGUUUAGGAAGUCGCUCGCCUCUUUGUCCGCGCCCUAUCAGAGCGGCAGCGAUUGGGCACGCGUCCGCGAGGAUGCCAUCGCUCUGCCACUGGCCGCGGGCAGGAAGGGUGUCAAAGGGCCGCGAUCGCUCGUUGCCAUGUGCUGCCGCGUGUUGGCGGAUAACUUGGGCGCUGUGUCUAAGAGUUCGAUCGAGCAUCUCCCGGAUCAUCUGCUGUGGAAACUGUGGAAGACCUUGGGCCCACGAAAUAGGUCUCUGCACGCAUGGAAAAUUCUUUCCUGCGUCUUGCUGGAAGGAAGCCAGCAGCGUUGCGUUUCCGAGGGCGGGAUGAAGAGGGAUCAAUCUCCGAUGCCUAUGGCUCUGUUCCGCUACCGUCAGGAGAUCAUUGAUCCACCCUGCGACCUGGCCGUUUAUGUCUCUCCGCUAGCCAGGCUUGAGAAGGGCAGUCUCGCAUACCUCUGCCUCGACAACGUCGCUCGUUUCCAGACGCAUGAACUCAUCCCUCUCGCUACGUUACAACCACUAGCCGUGCUAGAGAUCAUCGAACGAGAUGACGCGGACAGCAAGAUUAGCGAUGCGCUUAUCCGGGGAUGGAGCGAGGCCGGAAAGGAUCCAUUCUCGCGACUGCGCGUCCUGAAGAUCGCCUCAAAGACGCACCGAAUAUCGGAGAGUGGGCUCCAGUACCUAUUGGAACUUCCGUGCUUGGAGAUAAUCGAUAUAACGGCACUUCCAACGACGAAAUUACGUCUGUCUCGCAGGAUGAAAGACAGCUUAGACACCAGUGGUUGGAGAGUGGCCAGGCCAAGGGGCUCACUCUUUGUAUCAUACGCGGACGCAUUCCUUGACGGACGGAUGGCCGUGCAUCCCGCCGGUGUUGAGGCCUUGAAGAUGGUUUUCGAAGAUGACAGACACCCGGUGAUCUGGGUUGACAAUGCCCGGGCCGCGGUAUACAAACAAUGGGAGAGAGGUGCCGGAAGAGGGACCGGGGAGUGGAAGGGCCAGCCAGUACGAACAUCAUACGGCGACGAGUCCUAUGAUGGGCCUGAUCCCGCGUCUGACUGCGGGCAACCUCGACCGGCCGAUUUCAGCGACGUGCAAUACCUCGACGACGGCUGGCGGGCUGUGCUGCAAGGGUUUCGCUCUUCAACAACAAAAGAUACCCAGGAGCAUUCUAGCACGCGCGAUGAGGAGAGACUCGACGAUCAAAUCUUUUGGUUCCUCGCGCUUAUGGACCAGAGCAGAUACGACGGCAGCAAUGCGGUUCGAGGGUGCGCAUCAGGCGUGACCUUACCGUUGGAGCGGUUGGUGUGUCUCAGGUUGCGCAACCCGUGCAAUACCGCGGAGCAGACCAGACUGCUCUUGAACUCGGAACGUCUCAUCUUCUCCCGACGCCGGAUGCAUGCAGUGUUAGGCUCACGGAGCGAGGUCGCACGGUGCCAACUAGAAUUGGAGGACGGGCAGUCUUGCGAUCUCUCACCCUCGGGGGCCUCUCGAACCGAUGACAGAAGGCAGGGGGGUUUGGAACCACGUAAACGGCAGAAUUCGGAGGCGGAGCGACUAAGCAACCCUCUGCCUACAUGGGCACCCGGUCCGGAUGGCAGGAGGGAAAAGGGCUUGCAACCGCGUAAGCGCCUGAAGAAACCGUUGUUUGAAAUCCUAAACCCGUUCAUGGAGCCGCAGGUCCGGCCAGGAUGAACUCGCGGCAUUGUUUUCUUUCUCAUAAGCAUAUCAUUGAGUAGAUUCAUCACUUAUCAGCUACAUGGGACCCCGAAGGGGACAUGGUUGGCGCGGAGUCCAACGGU